AUGGCACAUAGCCUUCGUAAAACACGUAAACUCAGAGGACAUGUCUCUCAUGGACACGGUCGUGUUGGAAAACAUAGAAAACAUCCCGGAGGUCGUGGUAAUGCUGGAGGUGCUCAUCACCAUAGAAUCAACUUUGACAAAUACCAUCCAGGUUAUUUUGGAAAGGUUGGUAUGAGAGUAUUCCACUUGAACAGAAACAAAUUAUACAAACCUUCAAUAAACUUGGACAAACUCUGGACACUUGUACCAGAAGAUACCCGCACCAAAAUGAUUGGAGUUAAAGACAAAGCCCCAGUAGUUGAUGUCACUGCUCAUGGAUACCAUAAAGUUCUUGGAAAAGGAUUUGUUCCAAGUCAACCAAUGAUCGUUAAAGCUAAAUUCUUUUCCCAUAUUGCUGAAGAAAAAAUUAAGAAAGCUGGUGGAGCUUGCAUCUUGGUUGCUUAA